AUGGCUCGAUAUUGUAUGUACAUGUGUAUGGCAUUCGUCUUUCUGGCUGCACACCAAGUCCACGGUAAAGCAAUCAGGCGUGCAAAAGGUAAUCAAGGUAAAGGUAAUCCCCAUGGUCUUAUACAAGAAGGCCAAGGAGAAGCCAGCCACUGUCUGCAGUGUCGGUCUAAUGCGAAGAUGACCUUAGCGGAAUGCUUAGCGCAACCUGAAGAAGAUAAAUAUGUACAAUGCCAAACAUCUAGUCCUGAAUGCAUGACAGAAUUGUGGCAAUGGAAAGGCAAGUUUGUAUUUUCAUCAGAAUGCCAGCAAAUAGAAGCCUGUAUCGAGAAUGAGGCGAACGAACCUAAAAUUAACAACUGUGACAGUCUACCGCUUCACGUGGCAACCAAAUGCCGUUAUUGUUGUAAUGCUGCUAAUUUGACUAGCGAUUUUUAUUGCGCGCCGCCAACGGCACACGGCGUAUGUGUAGUUGCUGGUGAUCCACAUGUCACUACGUUUGACAAGAAACACUACACCAUUGGUGCUCAAUGCUUAUACACUUUAUCUGAAAUCAUUGCCAAUGAUCAAACGACUUCGAUUAAUGCAGUCGUGGUGCCAUUCAAUGUUGGCUUCGGUGUACAUGAGCUGGAGAUUACUCAAUUAGGAGAGAGGCUACAUGUUUAUCACAAUGAUGGCAAGAACCCUGUAUAUGUUCAACUUGACGACGGAAAUAAAUUUCCUUUGACAUCUGCAGUUACAUUGGGUAAAUCCAACCAGUUCGAACUGAAUAUGAUCGAAGAUAAUGUGGAAAUAACGAUGGACGCAGAUGGCGAUGGAAUGAAUGACCUCCAGGUUGAAUGGCUUCCGGGCUCCGCCGUUCAAAUCAAAGUGACCCAGCCAAUAGGGGGUACCUUUGAGACGAGAGGCCUUUGCGGUAACGCCGAUGGUAAUCCAGACAACGACUUCAUGACACCGCAAGGUUUGGUCACUCUGGAUAAAGACGAAUUUGGCGAUAGCUGGGCCACAAAAUGUGCUGCAUAAGCUGAGACUGGGAUAUCUGUAACUAUAACUCCCGAGUAUUACAGUGCGACGAAUUCACAUCGAAUAGCUUCCGAAU